AUGAGAUUUGGAGCAUUAUCACUCGCAGCCCUUGCAGGUGUUGCAUUAGCCGACCUUGAUGCCAGACAGGUUGAAAGUUUGGAGGUUCUUUUCCUUGAUAUUGAAGAUAACAUCAAUGGUUAUAUCCAGUAUCUUAUGUUAAACCCGGGAGUCAGUUUCCCUGAUGGUUUGGUUGGAUUGUUUACUCAAAUCGCAACUUACACUGAUGACUCUUUCACCACUCUUUUCAUCACCAUGUCCGAGUCAGAGUACGACGAGAUUCAGUCGUUGGAAACCGCACUUCCAUGGUAUUCAACUAGAAUCUUGCCAAAGAUCACUAUUGAAGUGACCUCGUCAAAAUCUUCGACCUCUACCCCUGUUACUUCUUCCUCAUCUACGACAGUCCCAACUACUGUGAAGUCGACAACAUCCACCUCAGCCACCACCUCGUCCACCUCGACAACGACAACAUCAACGACUACUACCCCAUCUUCUACUUCCUCUACUAGUGCCCCAUCUACUACUUCAUCUACCUCAUCUACCUCAUCCACUACUACUCCAUCUACAACUUCAUCUACCUCAUCCACAACUACGCCAUCGACUACGUCUUCUACUACUUCAUCCGCUGCUUCAUCUACUAGCUCCUCUGAAUCUACUACGGAGACAACUACGUCAUCGUCUAGUAGCUCAUCCGAAACCACUACUGAAGCAACAACAUCAUUAUCUACAAGUUCCUCUGAAUCAUCUUCGGCUUUGGAAACAUCUGCAGUUUCGAGUUCUGCUACUAGCUCCGAUGCAGUGACCUCAGCUGAUUCGUCGCUAUCUUCGACCUUGUACUUUACUUCCGCUGCAAACUCUUCGGCAGCUGCUGUUACAAGUGUUGCUUCUUCUAGCACUGAUCUUGCUGCUACCGUUCCUGUGAAUGCAACUUCGAGCUAUUCUAAUUCCGUUCUCUUCUCGAACAGUACUUCGAUCUCGGCCACUUCUGAUGCUAGUACUGCUGCUGCUUCAGGAUCCGCCGAUGUUGUCACUACUAUUGUUACCAUCACCUCCUGUUCCGACCAUGUUUGCACCAAGACAGCAGUUACUACAGGUGUGAAAUCCUUCACUACUACUGAGAAUGGUACAAAGACCAUUUUGACGACCUACUGUCCUCUCUCUUCAGUCAGUAAAACUUCCGCUAUUCAGGCUACUUAUUCGAGCACACCAGCAACUGAAACCACUGCUGCCGUUCCGGCUGUCUCGACUUCGGUUUCUUCAGAAUCGACUGCUUCUGAGGCUGCAGAGGUUUCUACCUACGAGGGUGCUGCUGUUAAAUUUGGUUACAGUUCCAAUCUCAUGGCCGCUGCUGCUGCUCUUUUGCUUUUGUGA